UUUUUUUCUUUUCAUUUUCACUCCUCUCUCUCUCUCUGACAUUCAUAUAUCGAUGAUGAAACUAUAAAAAAAUUGCUUGGUUUUCUCAUUUCUUGUUUCUUAUUAUUCUUAUUCUUCUUCUUCUGGUGGGAUCGUGAAAUUAGAAGAUCGUAUCAAGAGCUUUCGAAUUCCAACCCUAGACCUCCACUCUCUCCUAUGAACCAAGAUGAAAUGAGUUGAAGAGAGCGAGAGAGAGAGAGAGAGAGAAGGUUAAAGAGUGAUCUGAAUAGGGUUUUCAGCAUAAGAAAGCACAAUUUUUAGGAACCAAAGGAUGUCAUCUUCCAAUUCACCAUGCGCAGCGUGCAAAUUCUUACGCCGAAAAUGCACCCAAGAAUGUGUCUUCGCACCAUAUUUCCCUCCAGAUCAGCCACAGAAAUUCGCAAAUGUCCACAAAGUCUUCGGUGCCAGUAAUGUUGCUAAACUCCUGAACGAACUCAAUGCUGCUCAACGCGAAGAUGCAGUGAAUUCCCUUGCCUAUGAGGCUGAGUAUCGCCUUCGAGACCCAGUUUACGGGUGUGUUGGGCUUAUUUCGUUACUUCAACAUAAGCUCAAGCAAGUUCAGGAUGAUUUGUUGAACGCUAAAAAGGAACUAGCUGGGUACCUUGGUCCAUCAGCAAUGAUACACCCUAUUCUUCAAAAUCCAGGGUUUAUGCAACAGCAUCACAUGAAUGCUCCUUCUUCAAGUACUAUGAUGCCUUUUAACAUGAACCCAAUUUUAGGAAUGCCAAGUGGGGUCCCACAUGGAAGUCAAUUGAUGAUUCGUGAACCUCAGCAACAGCAGCAGCAACAACAACAACAACAAGAAGCAAUUGAAGCUCAACAAUUUGCAGCAGCAAUGGCUGCAAGGGAACAAGAGAUGCUUAGGAAUUAUGAGCAACAACAACAGCAGCAGCAACACCAUCCUUCUCAUCAACAGCAACAAGAUAUGGCAAGGUUUAACGGUGGAUUUGAUUCAACGGGAUCGGUGACUGCUACUGGAUUUCAUCAAAUGAGUACACCCGUAACACCUUCGUUGGUUUUGUCUGGCACAUAUGAGAAUCCUUAUAAUCUGUUUCCGCCACAGCAACAGCAGACACAACAGGAGCAUUCUCAACACAUUCAUCUUCAGCCUCAGCUAUUGCUACAGCAGCAUCAGCCACCGCAGCAACCAGAGACCCCAAGGCAGCAACAGAGGGACAAAAGCGAAGAGGAGGGAAGGAGCGGUGGUCCUUCAUGUUGACAAAGCUUUAUUAUUCUACAUUUUUUGAUCUUGGUAUGCUUUUUUAACUGCAGCAAGUUGAUGGGGGCAUACAAACGUAUAAAGAGACAUGAAAUAUAAGAACCGAGAUUAUGAUGUACAAAGAGAUAUGAGAGAUAGUAGGAGAGAGAAAUGAGUAUUUUCAACUUGAACAUUACAGUUCUUAGGUAUAAUGUCUUUCUUAGACUUCUUUCCUUCUCCAAAUUUUCUAUUGAUCAAGACCCUUGGGAGUUUUGAAGGUACAUUUUUCAAGAUGUAGGAGCAGCAAUUAAAACAGUGUUAUCUUUCUUUACCUGUAGAUGCUUACUUUGUCUCGCUACAUACAUAUACAGAGUUAAUACAUGCAGUAUAUACUUUAUAGCAUGUGACACUGUGUUGCUUAAUAA